GACCUCCUGAGUGCACCGACCGCCUCGUCUCCUGAUACAAGCCGUGCGCUGAACAGGCCUCAGAAAACAAGCAACUGGGCUAGAGCUUGAGCUUCUCCUGAUCGACGGGACGUGGCAUAUAUAAGGAUGGGUGUUCCGCCAGAGGACGGACGAGAUGAGGAACCUCGACCCGGACAAGCUCAAGGUCAACACGACGAGCGGCAAGACGAAGACGAAGACGAAGCACGACCGAGAUUUACAGACCCAUUCCACCAUUCACAGCCUCUACCACCCGAACUCGAGCUUCCCGCUCCAGCACCAGCACCUACCUCUCCAAUCCGUGUCGACUUUGUCCCACCUCCACUACAGCGUGACAGGCAUCAAUCCACUCUCUCCUUCAUCUCAAGAACGGAAGAACAAGAACCUCCCCACCCCCGUCCCUUCCGCUUUUUACGCCGUAAAAGUGUGAAGAUGUUGCAUUCAUUGGGUGUUUUGCAUGAUCAGAAGAUUGAGGAUCAACUCGACGUUCCUGGAACGGUACAGCUCUAUGCUCCAACGGGUGAAUCAUCCACAGCCCCCUCCCUCUCCUCCUCCUCCCACAACGACCCAGCCCUCCAAACAAACAACGCCGGCAUCAUCCUCCGUCCCCAACCCUCCUCCGACCCCCGCGACCCCCUCAACUGGCCUCUCCGCCACCGCGACCUAGCAUUCACCUUCCUCAUCAUCCACUCCCUCGUCGGCGGGGGACAAACCCCAAUCCUCGCCGCUGCGUUCCCACAAGUCUCACAGGAUUUGGGGGUGUCGUUAUCCAAGGUUUCGAUUACGACGGGGAGUUAUAUGCUUGCGCUUGGUAUUGGGUCGGUGUUUGCGAGUCCGUUGAGUUUGAGGUGGGGGAAGAGGGGGGUGUGGAUUUUGGGGAUCUUGAUUAUGUUCGUUAGUACGCUCUGGGCUGGAUUUUCGCACUCUUAUGGGAGUUUGGUGGCUGCACGUGUUGUUGAGGGAUUCGGUGUUUCGCCAUGCGAAUGUCUCGCGUCCCCUAUCAUCGCCGACCUCUACUUCCAACACCAACGUGGGUUUAGAGUCGGGCUCUACACCCUCUUUCUCAUCGGCGGCAAGAACUUGGUACCACUCGUUGCGGCGGCGGUUUUGGAGGGGACGGGGAGUUGGAGGUGGAUUUUUUGGAUUGUGGCGAUGAUUUGUGUGGGGUCGUUCGUGGGUGCUUUCCUAUUCUUGCCUGAAACCUCUUGGGUGAGGGAUUAUUCGGGGUCGUCGUGUGACAGUUCUGCGGUGGAGGAGAAAAAGGAGGGGGAUGUCGGUGCAGAUGCGGUUGAGGGGGGUGAUGGUGUGCAGAGUACGGGGAGUUCGCCGACGAAGGUUGGCGGUGCGCGGCCCCAUGUCGAGGACGGCGGAACGGUCACGCUCAAUCUUCCCAUCGUCCAAAAGUCUGUCUCGCCGCCUGCCCCGUCCGCGCAUGCUACCCAGAACGAGAGCAACCCACCUUCAUCCACUUACACGACCGAGAAAGACAAAGACCCUGAGUCGGGCGCGAUGAAGCCUCACACCCUCUUCUCCGAUCUCCGUGUCUACCGUGGUCGACUUACGCAGACUGCACUUCCGACGUUGUUUGCCCGUCCGUUUGUGCUGUACACUUACCCGACGAUCUUGUGGUCGGCACUUCUUUACUCGCUCUCGGUUGUUUGGCUUAUUGUCAUGUCGGAGGUUCUCUCUCAAGUCUUCCGUGCUGAACCAUACAAUUUCACGCCGAUGGGGGUUGGGUUGACGUAUAUCUCUGCGCUUAUUGGGAGUAUGGCUGGGAGUGGUAUCGCGGGGAAGAUGAGUGAUUGGACCGUGAGGUGGAUGACGAAGAAGAAUGGAGGAGUCAUGGAACCCGAAUUCCGUCUCGUCCUCGCGGCGCCCGUGGCACUCACGACGACGAUUGGGUUAUGGGGCUUCGGCUGGUCCGCCUCCCGUGGCGACCCGUGGAUCGUCCCCACCGUCCUCUUCGGUAUCCUCGCAUUCGGCUGCACUCUCGGCUCCACCGUCGCAAUCACCUACACUGUCGACUCCCACCGCGAGAUAGCGGGAGAAGCCAUGGUCACCAUCAACCUCUCCAAGAACCUCGUUGGAUUCGUGAUUAGUUUGGUGGUGAAUGAGUGGGUUGAUGGAAUGGGGCUCAAGGGGGUUUUCUUUGUGUUGGGGGGGAUUCAGUUGGCGGUUAGUGCGUUGACUGUGCCGUUGUAUGUUGCGGGGAAGAGGACGAGGGGGAGGAUUCAUCGGAGGAAGGCGUUGAAGGUGUGA